GAUCAGUCAAACCUGAUACAUUCACCGACGAAUCUCUAUCUCUGACAACCAAAUCGCCGGUAAUCGAAUACUAUUCCAGACUCAAGAACAGUUGCUGGAGCCAUCUUAUUUGCCCAAAUUACACGCUCGUACAUGUAGCAGUAAUUAUGGCUGAUCGGACUGUAUUGGUAUGGAUAGUUGCGAUAGUAUGCUUUGUAGUGUUGAUGUUUGUUACUCCGACCAUCCCUCAAGAUCAGGAUUACCACGAUUUCGCGGAUCAACGUGAAUUCUUCGGCAUACCUAACUUUCUAAAUGUCAUUUCAAAUGUGCCAUUCUUCAUUGUUGGUGUCAUAGGGCUCAUACUUUGCUUUCAUAGAAACUUCUUUAAGUUGAGUCUGCAAGGUGAGCUUUGUGGUUGGACAUGCUUUUACAUUGGUGUGGCUGCUGUUGCUUUUGGAUCCUCUUAUUAUCACCUCAAACCAAAUGAUGCUCGCCUUGUUUGGGAUCGUUUGCCUAUGACUAUUGCAUUCACUUCUAUUAUUGCAAUAUUUAUCAUUGAAAGAAUCGAUGAACGCAAGGGAACAUACGCCAUCAUUCCCCUGCUUUUGGUUGGUGUAGUAAGCAUUUUCUACUGGAGGUUUUAUGAUGAUCUUCGACCAUAUGCUUUGGUUCAAUUUGUACCUUGUAUUGCCAUUCCUGCAAUGGCCAUCUUGUUACCACCCAUGUACACACAUUCUUCAUAUUGGUUAUGGGCUGCAGGGUUUUAUCUUCUAGCUAAGGUUGAAGAAGCUGCAGAUGAUCCAAUUUACAAAUGGACUCAUCAAAUUGUUAGUGGACACACCAUCAAACAUUUAUUUGCUGCAAUGGUUCCCGUAUUUUUGACACUUAUGCUUGCCAAGAGAGAUAUUAUAUCUGAGAGGAAAAGCUUGUUGCAAAUAUGGAAAAUAUCAUGGACUAAGUACAAAGGAAAUGGUGUGGAGACUGAGAAUCAUAUUAUCACCUACACAAGUGUUCCUAUUGAGGAGGAGUCACGCGAAUGACUUCAUUCAUGUUUUUUUUAUAAAGUAAUAGUAUUACAAACAUAAAAUGUACAUACAUAUAAACAUGUUUAAACAAAUCUCUGUAUGUUUGCUCUAGCAGUAAAGAGUUGAAAAAUCUAAUUCCAAACUUUA